CACCGGCUUCCAACGAUCUCGUGCGGUCAGCAGAGCACACGUGCCAACGACGACCGAAAUUAAUCCGAUCCCAUCCGCGCCGGCCGCCGGCCGCCGGCACCUUCUUGCCCUUCGUUAAAGAAGAGGACUGUGCAGUCAAGGCCAAGCAGGACAGGAAGGCGUCGCGGCGAUGGGCGGAGACGGGCACCCGUACGCGCCGGCGGACCUGCACCUGCCGGGCUUCGUGCCGCAGCAGCUGUCGCAGGGCCAGAUCCUCGCCCGCUACCUGGGCACCUCCGUCAUCGUCUUCCUCGCCGUCUGGCUCCUCUCCGGAAGAUGUCGAGGGUUAUCCAAGACCGACCGUCUGCUCAUGUGCUGGUGGGCGUUCACCGGCCUCACCCACAUCUUCAUCGAGGGGCCCUUCGUCUUCACCCCCGGAUUCUUUAGAAAGGAGAACCCUAACUACUUGGAUGAAGUUUGGAAGGAGUACAGCAAAGCCGAUUCCAGAUACGUCGCUAGGGAUCCUGCGAUCGUCACAGUUGAAGGGUCUACAGCUGUGCUAGGAGGCCCUGCAUCACUGCUUGCAGUCUAUGCCAUUGCAUCCCACAAGUCCUAUAGCCAUAUUCUCCAGUUCACCGUCUGCAUGGGUCAUCUCUACGGGGGCCUUGUUUACUUCAUCACUGCUUACUUGGAUGGCUUCAACUUCUGGAUCAGUCCAUUCUACUUCUGGGCAUAUUUCAUUAGCGCAAACAGUUUCUGGGUUUGGAUACCAACGCUCAUCGCCAUGAGGAGCUGGAAGAUGAUUUGCGCAGCAUUUCGAGCUGAAAUGGCGAAGAAGACAAAAUAAGGGUGUGUUCGCCUAAGUUUGGUGCUAGUUUGGUUUUAAUAAAUUAAAUACUCGUUGUACCAUGAGCAAAUAAAUUCCUGAUACUGAAGUGUGUUUUGUUGGCAACACCCAUGUGGUAACCUCUUUGGAAAACAGCUUUUCUUCGUGAUCACUUUGUGUAAACGCGAUGCGAUGUGAAAGUGAAACACUUUAGGC